CCGCGAUUUAAGCUCCUCUCCCGGGUCCCCUUCCUCAAUCCAACCCACGAAGCGCCGACGACCACGACCACGACCACCCGCGCGGGCUUGCCUCGCCAUCGCCACUGUUCCCAGGCUCCUACUAACCACAGCAGAUUCACCCACCGGACUACGCCUUCUCCAGUCUCGACAUCUCGUAGCAUCGCUGCAUCGACAUCACCAACCGCGCAUCCCCGAGGCUGCGCAGCACCAAAGGCCUGUUAUGUCUUCCACCACAGCCCUUGCGCUCAACAAGACGCGAAACUACGGAGCCCUCACAACACCCAACAAGGCCAGCCCAGCCCCGGCGACCGACUCUCCAGGGAACUGGCAGCACCCGCGCAUCAAAGAGAUCACUCGCCGUCAACAAGCAACAACGUUCGACAGUGACAAUGUCAAGACUAUAUUCUACAACAUUGCCGCCGUUUUUGUCAUCCAUCUUAUACGCUUAGCCGCUGCCCAAUACGGCCCAUCGCCACUGUCAAGUGAUGCGAAAGAGUACCUCUACUGGACCGUCUUGGUCGCUCAUCUUAUUCCUCUGUUGAACAUGGGCCGCGCCUGUCUUCCAUUGAUACGGCCCAGAGACGAUCUUUGCGAUAUCCCCUUGACAAAAGCCCAGCGUGCGCUCCUUGGCCUGCCCCCAAGUUCAGCCCCGCCCACACCGAACUCAGUCUACAGCACGCCUCCAAGAUACGCCCGCACGCCUUCGAUCAACGGAUCUAUCGGGAAGCCAAGCCCAGCCAGUUCUCCUCUGUCUGGAAAUGGCAGUCCUUCCUCCACCACACGGCUCAAUGGGUCUCCGUACUCUCCCGCAGCAAGCCCCUUGCUUCAGAAAGCUGUGGGCUACAGCGGGGGACGGCGGUCGUCGUAUGGGUCGCCGAGCCCAUUCAACGCGAGCACGAGCUCUUUCAACCUUAGCACUGCUUCUAGCAUCUUCUCCGAACCUCCACCGACCCCCAGCCCGACCGGCGGGAAAAGGAUCAGUGUUGGCCUGAACAACAAGUGGCUGUACGACAGGAGCCGUCGAUCGUCGGGCAACGUCUGGUCGUGAGGUGGAUAAAGUCGAGGUAUGAAACGAUUGCACACGGACAUGGGGUGAGGUGGCAAAGUAGCAUGGGCAGUCGAGCCGGUACCCGGUGCUUUUGCCCGUUCGUCUGAUCUUUGUCAAGAACAGACUGGACAGGGCAUUACAGAGCAAAAGAAAGGCAGAGGCACAGGGGAUAGGCACAGACACGGGGCUUUGGGGCUGCGAAAUUCUGCAGGGGCUCUGGUCAUGCAGCCUCAAGAAUCCACGAAGCGGCAGUGGAAUUCUUGCGCAACUCCACGUCAUGUAAUUCGGAGUGAUGCUGCGCUGAAAUGACCAAACAUAUCUGGUUAUCAUAGAGUGAGCGCCAGGGUACAGACAGUGCAGACAGUGCAGACAGUGCAGACACCACAAGCAGCAGGACGCCUUGCAGUCUCACGUUCACCCCGUCGCAACGAGCUGGGGCUUUGGUUGGCAUUGGCCAGGCUGUUUGACAGCAGAGCAGAAUAUGUAACAAUUGAGACCUCUAAAACGC